AUGAUCUCCGAUUUAACUGUUUCGCCGGCCUAUUGGCUAUUGCUCCUUAUCGGGUUGGCCGUUGUCGGGGUAGCCUCCGUGCCAAUUUACAACCUCUUCUUCCACCCUCUAAGAAAGUUCCCUGGCCCUAAGCUGAACGCUGCCACUCGGAUCCCAUACACCCGUAUGAUUAGCAGCGGCCAGACCCAUCACAAGCUCCAUGAGAUGCAUAAAAAGUAUGGCGACAUGGUUAGAAUUUCUCCCGACGAGCUGUCUGUCCAAGGAGAGCAUGUCUGGGACGACUUGAUGGGUCAUCUUAAACAGGGAGCCCCAGAGAACGGCAAGGAUCCGGGCUUCUUUAGUUUUUCGAAAUCUGGGAAUAAAAGCAUCAGUCUUGCGGUUGCCGACAUUACCCAUGUGAAUCUUAUCGAAGAGAAGCUCAAGGCCCGAGGGGCGAUGGAGACUAUUAGGCCUGACUACUACCAUGCAAAAGGGCCAGAAUCUUCCAUCCGGCAUUCAAAAAGGCUCACGAAUUUUCUCGACGCAAAUACAGAGUUACAUGUGUUGAUCACAGCUGGUUCUGAAACGACAGCAACCACGCUUUCCGGUGCCACCUAUCUCUUGGGGAAGCACCCCGAGGUGCUUCGAAAGCUUGUCAAGGAAGUGCGCACCACAUUCAAACACGAAAACGAAAUCAACAUGCACAGUGUACAGCGUCUGGAGUAUAUGCUUGCCGUUCUAAACGAGGCUCUGCGCCUGUAUCCACCUGUACCUGGUGCAAUCCCUCGCAUGAUGAAUCCGGAAGGAGGGAUUAUCAAUGGCCGAUGGGUGCCUGGCGGGGACAGUGAUGGAUGGAUCGACAGGGGUGAGACAUACUUGAUCUGGAGCAAGCCGGCGCUUAAUGUUCAUCUCGUGCCGGCGAGACUAAUUCGGCGAGCCCUGCGGAAUAGUAUUGGACAUUGGCUUUUUACAUGCCAUCAUCUGAAUUCCUCGGGCGACAAGAUGGUCACGAUAAAAACUUCAAAUGAGCGGGUUCUGUGCGUGGAUGAUAUCCGAAAGAUUGCCACAGCUAAACUCCCACAAAUCAUCAGCGAUUUCUAUAACGAUGGCUCUACGACGCAAGUCACAGUUCACGAGAACUCCAGCGCGUACUCAAAGUACCGCCUACGAGCGCGAGUCUUCGUUGAUGUGUCAAAGGUAGAUCCAUCGACUACUGUGUUGGGCGAGAAGAUAGAUUUCCCUCUAUGUGUGUCUCCCGCUGGCCUUCAAGCUAUGGCUCACCCAGAUGGGGAGCUAGCCACUGCGCGUGCGUGUGCCAAGCGCCGUGUUCACAUGGGUAUCUCCUCAUUUGCGAACCACUCGGUGGAGGACAUCCGCACGGCCGGACUCUCCGUCGGGCCCUUAACAAAUGCCAUACAACUAUACACAAUGCGGGACAAGGAGAUGCAGCUGCGUAUCAUCCAUCGUGCCGAGGCAGCUGGCUGCAAAGCCAUAUUCUUAACGGCCGAUAGCCCUGUACUUGGAGUAAGGUAUAAUGAGGUCUACAAUGACUUUCGGACACCGGAUGGCUUGAACCUGCCGAUGCUGGAGAAGACGUCCGAGAUGAUCCGUUCGCAAACUCAUGACGACGGGUUUACCGCGUUCAAUUCUGACUCGCAUUCGUGGGAGAGGGAGAUACCAUGGCUUCGCAGGCACAGCAAGAUGGAGAUCUGGAUAAAGGGGGUCCUGACUGCUGAAGAUGUGCAUCUCGCUGUACAGUAUGGCUGCGAUGGUAUCAUUGUGAGCAAUCAUGGUGGCAGACAGCUCGAUGAAACACCCGCAACUGCCGACGUCUUGUUAGAGUGCGCCAAAGCAGCUAACGGCAAGAUUCGGAUUCAUGUCGAUGGCGGCAUCAGGACCGGCACCGAUAUUUUCAAGGCGCUGGCUCUUGGCGCUCAGUGUGUGUGGAUUGGACGGCCGAUGAUCUGGGGUUUGGCGUACAAUGGGGAAGCUGGCGUCACUAAGACGUUGGAUAUUCUUUACGAGGAGUUCAAACGAUGUAUGCAGCUGACGGGCUGUAACACCGUUGCUGAUAUUUCUCUUGCGUCUAUCGGCGCGGUAAUCACAUACAUCAUAGCAAAGAUCGUACAUGAAUUCUUCUUGCAUCCGUUACGGAAAUACCCGGGGCCUCUAUUAUCUAGAUUUACGAGGAUUCCAUACUGGAUUGCCAACUUGACAGGCAACCAGGUUCGUCACAUGCACCAGUUGCAUUCGCGGUACGGGCCAAUAGUGCGUUAUGGCCCGAAUGAUAUGAGCUACACCGAUCAUCAGGCAUGGAAGGAUAUCUACGGCCACAAGAAGGACAGGCAAGAUAACCCAAAGGACCAACGCUUCUACCCUCAGCCGGAUUCAGGCGUCCAUUCCUUAAUAACAGCGAGUAAAGAGGAUCAUGCCCGCGUGCGACGAAUGUUCGCCCUCGCCUUCUCAGACCGCGGCCUCAAGCAGCAGGAACCUCUAUUCCAAAAGUACGCCGACCUCAUGGUGUCGAAGCUUCAUGAGCUUUCGACCACGGAGCAGGACCUGGUCAAGAUCCUCAACUUCACUACCUUUGAUAUCAUGGCUGAGUUGACAUUCGGUGAGCCUCUUGGCUUGCUCGAGGGAUCGAAGUACUCACCGUGGGUUUCCAACAUCUUUCAAGCAAUCAAAGCCGGUCCAGUGAUGCAGAUGGGACUCUACUACCCGCUCUUGGGCUAUAUAUUGAAGUCUCUGGCACCGAAGAAGCUCCAGGAACUGCGUCGAUCGCACGCGCAGCACACAAUCAGCCGUGUCGACCAGCUUGACUCUUAG